AUGGGUCUAUUCGGGAAGAAGGAGGCUGAGUUGGCCGUCGGCCAAGGACUCGUAACAGUCCUCCCACCCAACCCGAAAUCAUGGUAUCGCACGCCGCACCUCAUCAAGCUGAACCUGGUGCUACUGGUCCCUCUAUUCUCUUCCGCGUCGGUGGGCUACGACGUCACCUAUCUCUGUGAUAGAUAUGGGCGCAAGUUUCCCUUGUACAUCGGCUUUGCCGGCGCCAUCGGGUUCGCCAUACUCCAGGGAUUGUCCAACAACGUGGCUAUAGGCAAAUUCACGGCCUUGUACCAGACAUGCUACUAUUUCGGCGCCAUAUUCGCCGCUUGGUGCACCUACGGCACGUUUAGGCUCGACUCGACAUGGAGCUGGAGGAUUCCAUCUAUAUUGCAGUGUGGCAUCCCCGUGAUUCAAGCCUGCGGUCUUUACUUCCUCCCGGAAUCCCCCAGGUGGCUCGCUUCCCGGGGCCGUAGGGAAGAGGCUCGACAGAUCCUCGCAGACUGGCACGCAGGCGGCGACCUCGACUCGCCGCUCGUCGCGUUCGAGCUCAAUGAGAUUGAAGCUGCCAUCCAGGAAGAAUGCGAAGUCCUUUCGCAAGUCUCCUGGCUCGAGCUCUUCCGCACGCCCGCCAACCGCAAGCGCACCCUCAUCGCCGUCCUCGUCGGCUGGUUCGCACAGUGGAACGGCGUCGGGGUCAUCAGCUAUUACCUCACGCUCGUGCUCAACACCGUCGGCAUCACUGAGGUGAAGGACCAGACACUUAUCAACGGCCUGCUCCAAAUCUUCAACUGGCUCGCCUCGGUGUUUGCGGGCGCCAUGAUGGUUGACCGGCUCGGCCGUCGGACGCUCUUCCUCGCGUCUUCGGUGGGCAUGCUAGCCGGCUACAUCGUCUGGACGGGCCUCACUUCCAGUUUCGUGAGCACGAAGAGCGAGUCCACGGGUCGCGCUGUUGUCGCCCUCAUCUUCAUAUACUACUUCUUCUACGACAUUGCCUUUUCGCCAUUGCUGCAGGCAUAUACCGUCGAGAUCUUCCCUUACACCCUCCGUUCGCGCGGCCUCUCCGCGAUGUACAUUACUACCUUCAUCGGCCUCAUUGUCGGAAACCAGGUGAAUCCCAUCGCUAUGAAAGCCAUUGGGUGGAAGUACUACAUUGUCUUCUGCUGCCUUUUGGCCGUCCUGGUAGUUAUUGUUUGGUUCCUAUUCCCUGAGACUAAGGGCCACACACUCGAGGAGAUUCGGGAAGUGUUUGAGGGGAAAUUGAAUGCCUCACAGGACAAGCUAGGUAGUGCUGAGACGGGGGAGGCGAAUGAGAAGGGGCAUGAGGAGGCGGAUGAGAAGGAGGCUAGAAUUGAGAAGAUUGAGUGA